UUUUAUUUUAUUUUUAUUUUUUUCUAUCUAUUUUUUUUCUUUGUACAUAUAUACUGUAUUGUUAUGGGAACAGAGGAUAGUAUAAUACGAUUUAUUAUCGGAAUUAUUGUUUCCUUAGGCGCUUCAAUUAUGGAUGCGCUUGGACUUAACAUAUUAAAGUUAGAUCAUGUCAAAGAAUCACAACGGCCAAAAGGUUUACGACGUAGUGAUUGUGGAAGGCCUUUGUGGCAUGUUGGAUUAUCUACUUAUAUUGCAAGUCAAUUGAUUGGUAGCACAAUCGCAUUAAACUUUUUAAAAGCACAAUGGGUAGCACCUCUAGGCAGUGCAGCAUUAAUAUUUAAUUUUAUAUUUGCCAAAUUGCUUGUCAAUAUAACGAUUACUCGUAAAGAUGUACUCGGUACAUGCGUGGUCAUUGCAUCUGUGAUAUGGAUUGUAUUAUUUGGAGGAAUGUAUAACGGAGAAGAUCCCGAGGAAACGAUUUCAUUAGAGAGUCUUAAAGUUUUAUUUGUUCGACCUGUGUUUAUUAUUUAUUUCAGUAUACUUAAUAUCGUUGCCUUUGGUGGGUUCUUUGUGUUGAUAUGGUUAAAUUAUUGGGUCAUUAUGGAUGAUAGUCGUAAGCAAAAACAUCAACUACCUUCAUGUAUGAGUCCAAAGAAAAUGAAACGAGCGGCAGGUCUUUUAUUUAGUAUUGAAGGUGGUGUAUUAGCCAGUGAAACAUUAUUAUUAGCGAAAAGUGGUGUCAAGCUAUUUACUUUAUCUAUUCAAUCUCAAGUCAAUCAGUUUAAUGAUAAUACAAGUCGUUUUAUUUUAUUAGCUUUAUUAGUAACAGCUAUAUUACAAGUGUAUUGUUUAAAUACAGCACUUAAAUUAUAUUCAUCUGUUGUAGUUGUACCCAUCUUUUAUGGUACUUACACUGCUCUUGGCUUAGUCAAUACAAUUAUCUAUUUAGAUGAACUCAGUAAUUACCCGCCCUGGGCUAUUCUUUUAGUCUUUAUUGGUAUUGCUGUAUUAAUUUAUGGUGUUUAUUUACUUAGUUCAAAACCAGAUCCAGUUUCUCUAUCAAAUGAAAAUAAAGCAUAUGAUGACGAUGAUGAUGAUGUUGACGAUGCUGAUGUUGAUGACGAUAUCGUUGAUCUUGAUACAAAUUGGCGGCUAUCCUCAAUUAAUAGUGAGACUAUGGAUAAUAAGACAGCAAUGACGACUAUAACAAUAAACGAUGAUGAUGACGACAUAACCAUGGUUCAUACUAUUAAUAAAUCAUCUAAUCUAUCAUUAAAGGAUAAUAAUUCCAGCAAAAAUAACGUCGUAGAUAAACUUUUUUUGUCUAGAAUUAUUGAAAGACUAAAGUCUCCAUCAAAAAGCAUUUAUCAAUAAAUAAUAAACA